UUUGUUGUUAAGGUUACGCCUAAACAAACCUUACAGAGCCGAUGGAUGUCGAUCAAUGUGGCUCCUGCGUUAAUGGAUGUUAUUUAGACGGCGCGAGGAUAUCGUCUCGUUUCAGACCACUGCACGAUGUCGGAAACAAUGGCAGAAGAAAAGUACAAAUUUGAGCAAAACUUUUCUUUUACCCCACUUUUGAACAAGACGCCUUCCUUUCUUCAGAAUAAAGCUUCGUUGGAACUGCUGAUGAAAUGGUCCAUGCUUGGCAGAAUCUCCGUUCAAUAUUACAGCUUUGACCAGAGCUUCUACCCUUAUAACAGCCGUAAUUUUGCAUUGAUGUUCUUCAAAGAUCCUCAAGUGGUUUCCCACCUGAAAAAGAUGACAGCUGGAGCCUGGGUGCCUUUGGACAGCCCACUGCUGUGUGUGGAUGUAGAGGUGGUUCCCUGCAGUAGAGUCUCCAUGGACCUGUUGGACCCCAUCUACUACUGCAGGCAGAUCCUGAGUCCUUCUGGAAACGUGGUCAAAUGUUUCCAUGACCUCUACCCUGACUACGAUGAGCUGCGACGGGCACUGCAGGAAGAGGAGUCUGAGCACUAUGACGUGAUUGGCCGAGAGGAACGAGGGGAGUUCCUCUUCCGUAUCUUCAAACACCUGUGUCUUGGAGGGGAGCUGUGUCAGUAUGAAGACACCAUCGCUCCCUAUGCUCAACUCACCAAGCUAAUCUACAAAGACCUCAUCAGUGUACAAAAGGAUCCUCAGAGCAUGGGGAUCAGCGUGGUCUCCACUGUGCUCAAAGUCUGUGCCCAGGACGAGACUGGAUCGUGUUACCCCGGCCGAGGAGACGAGGAACAAACCUUCGCCUACCUGAUAGUCGACCCUUUCAAACGUCAUGUGUGUUUAUUCUACCACUGCUACGGGGUCGGGAGCUUUACUCUAUGACG